AUGUGGAAUCAUCUUACUCAGGCCGAUGAAGAAAUCGACACACUCUUAAUCGAUGCUUUUGCGCUCACUCCCAAACCCGCCCAUGACCCGGAUCCAAGCGGCAACUUACAGGCGGAUGCUCGAAAAGACAUUGAGUCAAGAAAGUGGUACGGUUUGAAGUUCAACUUCGUCAAAGUACUUGCCAAGGGAGGUCAAGGAUAUGUUUCGUUGUGGCAUGUCACCUUCGACGACGGCUCGACCAAGAAAGUCGUGAUCAAGAAGGGUCUAAGUCCCUCAUUCGAUCCCGAAAAGGAAGCCACAUUCCACCUACGGUACAAAGAUGCGGAACACACGACCCAGGUCAUCGAUCUAAACCAGUACUCCAAAGACAUACAAGAAGAACUGCUGAAAAAAGACCCAGCAUGCCGCCCACGGUUUAUGAAAGGAUAUCCCUGGGAUGCCAAACGCCUGGGAUGCGCUGUCUUUGAGUAUGUUGCCUAUGGUGAUGUAUGGAAGUACAUGGAGUCCAUUGUUCCAGGGAAGAAAAAGAAGUUCCCAAAUCAAGUUCUUUGGGGGAUAAUGGAAUGCUUUGCCCUGGCACUUGCCACUGUUUCAUAUACACCGAGUUUCGACGGAGAUAAUACCUUCGAGAAGGAGUAUAGACGAGCCGAAGAAUUAGAUAAGGUGGAGGAUCUUUUGGGCCAUGGCAAGCGUGCAUGGUAUUCGGAACAUGAUGUCCAUCAAGACCUGGAGGCACUUAAUGUACUCAUGGGUGAAGAUCCAGCUCAUGGAAACCAGCCUAUUUUCAAGGUAACCCGGCUUGAAUCCUGUUGA